AUGGUCUGUCCGAUAGUAGCCAUACUGCUAUCGUUCGGACUCGGCUCGACGUUACACCCAUCAGAACUUUUCAAUUACCGAUGGACUUGUGGUAUCGUCCAUUUACCCUCAGUCUCUCGGAUUAUGAACAUGUCAAUGGGGCGCAUAAUUUUUCAAACGCUCAUUUUGUCGUCGAUUCCACUUCGGCUGCUCGUGCUGUUGAAGCAUUUGUCACGGAAACUUAAGGCAGCAAAAGUGGUCAUGGUGAUCAGUGGGGUGGCUGAGGUGCUUCUUCUCGGUCUGCUUACAGUUAUCGGAGAACGUGAAAAUGGAGACGUUCAUGUGGUAUUAUUCACCUGCUUUGCUACCGCUUCCUAUGUAUACUUCAUGUGUCUUUGCUUAUUGACAGAGUGGACCUUCAGUGGCUCAGAGUCGAAGUUGAGAAUUACCGAAUUCAUGACAGUUUAA